CCUGGCCCCCUCUUGGGCGCGUUGGAGUGAUACCACGUCGAUCGAGCCUGUCGCCGGCCCACAUCAAUGCUCACGCUCGCCAGCCCGAGCUAGCACCUAGCUUUCCCCAUAGUAUUCCUCGUUUAGUCCGUGGCCGUCCGCCCUCACACCUCGCACCUAUGUCGCAUCCGCCUGAGCUCCCCGCCCGCACCUCCUCGACGCCGUCCUCGCCCGCCGCCCGCAGCCCCGCCCCGCCCGACUUCUACUCCUCGCGCCCCACGCUCGACGUCCCCGACGACGCUCGCCCGGCGCCCGUCAAGUACAUGUGCGCGCCCCGGCUACGUCAGCCAAUGCUGCCCCGCGGAGGUGCUGACUCCGCCAGGUCCACGCCCGCAUACCAGAGCCCGCUCCGACACCACCGCCGCGCCGCCUCGAGCACCCGCCACGUCAAGGAAACCCUCAAUGCGCGCUCCGAGUACAGCAACAGCGAAGAUGACGGCACCGCCCAGCACCGCAUCAACCAGUACCUGAUCAAGCAGGAGAUCGGCCGCGGCUCGUUUGGUGCCGUGCACCUCGCCGUCGACCAGUAUGGCCAGGAGUACGCCGUCAAGGAGUUCUCCAAGUCGCGGCUGCGCAAGCGCGCCCAGUCGAACCUGCUCCGCCGUCCCAGCAACCGCCGCCGCGCCCUGCCCGCCGGCAUUGGCUUCAAUUCGCCGCUGCACCGCCACUCGUCCACCGAGGGCGAGAACAAUGCCUUUGAAUUGAUCAAGGAGGAGAUCGCCAUCAUGAAGAAGCUCAACCACCCCAACCUGGUGUCGCUAAUCGAAGUGCUCGAUGACCCAGAGGAAGACUCGCUGUACAUGGUCAUGGAGAUGUGCAAGAAGGGCGUGGUGAUGCAGGUCGGCCUCGAGGAGCGCGCAGACCCGUACAGCGAAGAGCAGUGUCGGUGCUGGCUGAGAGACAUGAUCCUGGGCCUCGAGUACCUCCACGCGCAGGGCAUCAUCCACCGCGACAUCAAGCCGGACAACUGCCUCAUCACAGAAGACGACAUGCUCAAGAUUGUCGAUUUCGGCGUGUCAGAGAUGUUCGACAAGGACGACGAGAUGAAAACGGCCAAGUCGGCGGGAUCGCCAGCCUUCAUGCCGCCAGAGCUGUGUGUUGCGAAACACGGCCACGUCUCGGGCAGAGCUGCCGACAUCUGGUCCAUGGGCUGCACAUUGUACUGUCUGCUUUUCGGCCGCAUACCAUUCGAAAAGCACGGCAUGAUUGAGUUGUACCAGGCGAUACGAAUGGACCCGGUUGUGUUCGACAGUGACUGCAACGAGCAGCUCAAGAAUCUUCUCAUUCGAUUGCUCGAAAAGGAUCCCAAGAAGCGGAUAAACCUCGAGCAGCUUCGCGAACACCCUUGGGUCACACGGAACGGCGCCGACCCUCUACUGCCUAAGUCCGAAAACGUAGCCAUCAUAAUAGAGCCUCCAACCGAUGAAGAAGUCAACGCUGCCAUCACCGGAAAUAUGGGUCACCUCGUGACAGUGGUGCAAGCAGUAAAGCGAUUCAAACAACUGCUCUUCAGACGGAGGCCAGAGCGCUUCGACGGAAUACUUGGUAGCGCCUCGAGGAUCGUGCAGCCUCCGAUGUCCAUGAGACCUUCGGCGUUGCGAAAGUCGAAAUCGCAAGAUACAGAUAAUCGGCGGCCUGUGGAGGGAGUUCUCGCAGCAGAAGGGGUCCACCGAGAUGUCGACAUUCAUGAACGCAACCCUACUGAUGCCAACGUUAUACACGAUAACAUGUCCUACCGAUCUGCUGCAACUCCGUCUAUCAUUACCCCCAACACAGUACCGUCAGGACCCACGACACCGAUUGGCAAAGGCCACGCCCAUGACCCCCUCGAGGACACCUUGUUUCUCAACAUUGGCACCGGCGAGGAAUCCGCCAGCGAAAACACCCUUUUUGUAUCAGAGUCCCCCUCGAACGUCGACAUCAACGUGUACGAGACAGCGUAUGAGGAGGAAGUCCAGCGCAUCAUUGCUCAGCGCAAGGACCAACACCGCAGUCCGACACUCUAUCUUACACGGCGUGUCGAGGACAUUAAGCGCAUCCGCGAUGUCGAUUGCGUAUUUGACGAAGGCAAGGAUAUCGGCCGCGGCAUCAAAGGUGGAUUCAAAGAGUUUGUUAAAAAGACCAAAGAAGACAUUGAGGCAAGAGGCGAGCUGCAGAAGCUGCAGGAGGGGAAGGAGGGGAAGCUUGGCCGCACGAUGCGCAACGUCAGAGAGGCUAAGCGUCUGGUUGAAGAAGCGCGGGAGCGAGUCAGGGUUGAAGACCGCGAGCGCGAGCGAGAAAGGAGCAGGAGUAGUACGCCGGUGCCCCGCAACAACAGCUCCAGCAGUGUGCAGACGCGGAUAAGCAGGAGCGGGACACCGGUCGCCGGAGGCCCUUAG